GUGAUGUUUUCGAGUGACCUGAUAUUGGGAAUUUCCUUCUUCUCUCAGACUGUGGUCGGCGUGCUGGGGAACUCAGCUAUGUUCUUGUUGUACGUCCACAUCUUUAUGGCUCAACCCCAGCAGAAGAAGCCCACGGACCUGAUCCUCACCCACCUGACCAUAGCCAACACCAUGACCCUUCUCACACGGGGCAUUCCAGAGACAAUGGUGGCCUUGGGGAUGAAGAAUAUCCUGGAUGACGCUGGGUGCAAGGUCGUAUUGUACAUCAGGAGAGUGGCCCGAGGCCUAUCUAUCUGUACCACCUGUCACCUGAGUGUGUUCCAGGCCAUCACUAUCAGUCCCAGCACCUCAUGGUGGUCCCAGGUGAAGCCCAGAGCCCCCCAUUACAUCCUUCCUUCUUUCUUCAUCUUCUGGUUCCUCAACUUGGUGAUCUAUAUCAUUUUAAUCAAAUCUGCCCAAGCCACCAAAAAUAUCACAAUGAUGGAACACAUGUACAUUUCAAAAUACUGUUCUGCGAUGCCAAAGAGUAAUGAGUUUAUGGCUCUAACUCUAAUUACCACAACUUUUGGAGAUGUCAUCUUGGUGUGUCUCAUGAGCUGGGCCAGUGGCUACAUGGUGAUCGUGUUACACCGACACCACCGACAAGUCCAGCACAUCCACAGCACCAGCCGCUCCCCAAAAUCCUCCACGGAGACCAGAGCUAUUAACACCAUCCUGCUGCUCGUCACCUGCUUUGUUUGCUUCUAUUGGCUGGACAGUUUUAUGAAUAUUUAUUUAAGUUUUGUGAAGGGAUAUGAGCGUGAGGUGCAGAGCACGAUGGCCUUCCUGUCGACGUGUUUUCCAUCGCUCUCCCCCUUGGUGCUGAUCAGCAGGGACCCCCGCUUUCCCAGGCCCCACUCUCUCAUCAAGAAAGUGAAAUGCCCUGCUUCUUCUGACGUUCCCGGGGAUAUACAUAUUGUGGCUUAA